AUGUCUCAGCCCACCACAGAUAUACAGAAUUACGAAGUGGAUGAUGCGUCUACUGCCGAUGUAAUUAUUGGUGAGAAUGCUCAUGAGAAGAAUUCUAAGAAAAAUCUAGAGCUUUCCAAAAAGCCAAAGAGCACCCAGACAACUAUCAGCGAGUCGAGUAAUAUCCCAAAACAAGCUAUUCCGCCUAUAACCCAUUUCACGGAACCUACAACGACAUAUUGGCAAACCAUCCUCCCAUUCAACCACACCCCGCAAACCCCGCCCUAUAGAUAUGGAUUCCCAGCCAAACUACCCGACUCACGUUUCCUGGUUCUCCCAAUCAGACCGCUGAAAGAUAAUCCCAAGCAUGCGGUUGCCUCACUUCUAGUCAAUCAAGCUUCCAUGGAAGUAGUAGAUACCCUCUCCAAUUUUCUUGCCGAUCUCGUGCGUCGUUUUGAGCCGGAUGUUAUUAUUGGGCUUCCCACUUUGGGUCUUAGUCUGGCUCCGCUUGUUGCUAGAAAUUUGGGCUUAAAAAGAUAUGUACCCCUAGGCUACUCCCGCAAAUUUUGGUACGAUGAUGCGCUCUCCGCCUCAGUAUCAUCCAUUACAUCCCCAGAACUGGGGUUGAAGAAAGUAUAUUUGGAUCCGCAUCAAUUACCUUUGGUUUUAGGAAAUCGAUGUAUUAUUAUUGAUGACGCAGUAAGUUCCGGUGCUACACUGAAGACGGCUUGGGAUUUGUUGGAGAAGAUUGGUUGUGAUAUUGUGGCUUGUGGGGUGGUGAUGAAACAGGGGAAUAAAUGGGAACAGAAAAUUGGGCAGGAGAGAGUAGAUAAAUUGGUUUACGUGUUGGAAAGUCCUCUUUUGGAGGCCUUCGAUGAGGGAUGGGCAUUCAGAUCUUGA